GGAAAAUAUGAAGGCGGACAGCGGAAGCCCGCCUACCCUAAAGAAGAAUUAUUUCCGGCGUGGGGUGAUUUGUUUGACGUCAGUUAAUGGCGGUCGCGUACAGCGUUGUCUGUCAACAUCUUCACGGUCUUCAUUGUUGGGUCAUGUGCCGUGGUGUUUGGAAAUUCACGGUUUAAGGCGAGGCGAAAAGGACGUAAACGUUGAGAAUGGAUGACAGAGUCGGAGAGAUAGGCAGCGGGUGUGAAGUAGCGGAGCUCCGUCUUCAGGUGGUGUCGUUGAAAGAAGAGCUCAAAGAGUGCAAAGUUGAGCUGGCCAAGUUGCAGAAGCAACUGAGCCAUUCCGAAAGACUGCAGAGGAGCACAGAGAGCUACAACGAGGACUUGAGGAAGCAGGUGAAUCAGCUGAGCGCAGAGAUUCAUGAGUGGAAGAAAAAAACUAAAGAGAAAGUUCAGGCUGAAACUCAAACCGAAGAAUAUGUUUGGAGUGAAACAGAUUAUUACAACUACUACUAUGGUGACUACUAUCAGAACACCGAGGCUGUGGACUCCCAUGAAAGUGUGGGGGCCACUCAAGCGAUGGAUGUGGCCAGUGGAGGUGACUCAGCAGAGGCUGCAAAAGAGGAGGAGGCAAACACAACAGCAGGCACAGUUGCAGAUCUGUCUGCUCAACCUGCAGACGUGUCUGCUCAACCUGACAGCAGUGUGGUAGCCACAGCAGAGGGUGAUGCAGCGUCCAUUGCUGACAUGUUGAGAGCCACGGCUGAAGAGGCCAUGACACAGACAAGCUUUGUCUUUGACGAGACAACUGGCAUGUACUAUGACCACACCACUGGUUUCUAUUACGACUCGGUCAGCCAGCUGUACUAUGAUGGCAACACAGGCAUUUACUACUACUAUGACGCAGAAAGUGGACGCUAUCAGUUUCAUUCCAAAAUUGAGGUUUCUGCUAUGCAGACCGGAGACCAAGAUGAUUGUACAACUCAAAAGAAAGGCAGAUGGUACAGGAGAGGUGUGAAGAAAUCUUCACACUUUGAUAAGGAGUUCACAUUUGAUGAGGUCAAGUCAGAGGAAGACGAACACCAGUCAAAGCGCACGUCAGAAUCCCGAAAAACAAGACGCCGAUCGCGCAGCUCUGAGUCACGAGGAAAAGACUCCAAAAGGCGUGGGGAGAGGGACAAGUCUUCUUCCAAGAAAAAAAAGCAUAAAAGUGGUUCAAGCCACGAUGAGAAGAGACGGUCAAAGAAGAAAAAGAAGAGAUCCAAGUCGGCAUCGCGCAAGAAGCAGCGGAGCUCGCCUACUCGCAGCAAUGACUUGGAGGGUAACAGUGAGGCUGAGGAGGGGGAGCUCACAGAGUCUGAAAAGGAGCAGUGGGAGUCUCCCCCCUCUGUGUCACAUUCGCCAAGUUCGCCGUGCAACCACACCCCAGAGUCUGAGAUGGAGACUCAGUGUCGGGCAGAGCUAUGGCCACCCUGUGUGAGAGUCACCGUAGUCCGCUCUCCAGUGCUGCAGGUUGGCACGUUGUUUAUCAUCACAGCUGAUUCUGCGGCCACCAUUGGAAGAGAGAAAGACAUGGACCAUGCAAUUCGCAUACCAGAAAUGGGAGUUAGCAAGUUCCAUGCCGAGGUGUACUUUGACCAGCAGCAGCAGAGUUACAUGCUUGUGGAUCAGGGGAGUCAGAACGGAACGGUUAUCAACGGCAAUAGAAUCUUGCAGCCCAAAACCAAGUGUGAGCCCCACCCACUAACGCAUGGCGACGAGGUAAAGAUGGGGGACACGGUGCUGUCUUUCCAUAUCCAUGCAGGGACCGACACGUGUGAUGGCUGUGAGCCCGGCCAGGUGAUGGCUCACCUCAGCAAGCACAAGAGAGAGGAUACGCCAGGGCCAACUGCAACCAAAGAGGAUAAAGAAGCGCAAAGACAGAAGGAGCUCAAGUCAAUGAAAGCCAAAUAUGGCCUCCAGAGUAAUGAGUUUGAAGAAGGCAAAGCCCUGAGAAACCCUAAGUACAAGGACCGAGCUGAAUCUCGACGGCAGACUGUGGGCAGUGAGGGUCUUUUCCAGCAAGAUGAUGCCCCUGCUUCUGUUCAUGUGGAGAUCAGCGAAGUCAAUAAAGGAAGGAAGAUGCUGGAAAAGAUGGGCUGGAAGAAAGGAGAAGGAUUGGGUAAAGAGGGAACUGGGAUGAAGGAUCCGAUUCAACUUAAAAUCCGGAAGGCCCAGUCAGGUCUGGGAGCGUCUGGCACCAUGUCUCUAGACGACGCCUCGCUGACCAGGUCAAAAUCCCAAAAGAACUGGGAGAAAGCUCGUGAGAGAUUUGCCGACUCGUGCCAAGGGGACACGCCAUCGUCCAAAACGCAGUGUGCGUCCCCCAAAGCCUGGAUCAAAGCGGAGCCCGAGGCAGCGGACCCUCAUCCUGGGGUUGAUCCAGAGACCCAAAGUUAACCAGAGGGGCCAGAUUCAGAAUACAUGAAUUCUUGCUCAAACUGAAUCUGACCUCAGCGAUCCUACAUUAUCUUGCUGAAAAAUCGCUCAGUGAAAAGAAGAACCCUCAGUCUGUGGGUCCGACCAGUACAGUGCUAUAUUGCCACUGUGGUGGUCAUGGAUUGCCUUAAGCAAAUAUUGACACACUGAGACUAUAUUUCUUGCAGUGAGGUCACACCGCGAGGAGAUAACUAAACUAACUAAAGACUUGCUCAGAUGUGCAGCCAGCGCAACACUCAUGAGCCAACUGUAACACAAUUCCAACACAUGACCCUAACAUCUCCGUGACGGUGUAUAUUAAUAGCAUGACUGAAAUAUUUGCUUUUAUUUUUAUGUUGCGCAUAAAAUGUCCGAGAGAAAACGUUUGAGUUUGUGAUUUUUUUCUCCUUCUGCUUUUGACUUUGUUGCUACUGGUGCUCAGACUCAUUCAGACAUAACACCUUCACACGCACAUACUUCUUAACAGUCAGCAAGGGUGUUUGCAGUCCUAUCUUUGCGCUGAUGUUGAUAGUGUGUGAACAGUUGCACGUGUACACUCUGACAGUUCAGUCUCUCACACUAGAAUAAUUUCAUCAAUGUCAGAGGCAGCCGCUAGUUUACAAGUGUGAUGUAAGUCUACGAAGAACAAUGAUUGGUUUCUCAUUAAAAUAAAUGAUUAAAGCUAAGCAAGAGGGACAGAGAAGAGACAGCGUCUGUGGUUCAACAUAUCACUGACGAAACACACUCACGUGACACUAUCUGUCUGACUCGUGCCGCUGGCUCCCCGGAUGCUCUUUUGACUUAUUGUGCCUCCCAUUUUGAUCUCAGUGUCCAACCAACAUGGACGCAGCCUCCCGUUUUCCUGACUUGAGAUAUAUGCUCUUCUGUGCUUCUCAACACCUCACAAUGCUGCUCUCAAACCUCUCCGACACUUGACAGGUGACUCCCUUCCGUCUUUGCUUUCUCCCUCACACUGUUGCCUUCCCACGUCUCCUCCCUCAUUUCAGCUGUAUAAUCUGCAAGUCAACAAUAAGCUUGUCAUAUUGGUUUUGAACAUGGGCGGAGUGUCGUGACAAUCUUGAUGUGACUCAUAAGAUUAAAAGAGAAAACGAUUUCUUGUUUGAUGA